AUGGCAACUACAAAGCCCUCAAAACAAUCUGUUGAGUCCAAGACGAGGAGUUCUAGUUUCUUAACCCUAAUUAGCAGCGAGCAGGAGUUGAACGAGGCUGUCAAAGAAGCAGAGUAUUUUUGUCCCUUGGUGUUGAAGGGGUUGUUGCAACUUGGCAGAGGAGGAGAAAGUGACAUUCCACAAGAUAUGCAGCAGAUUUUGUCACAAUUUCAGGAACUACUUUCUGAAAAGCUGCCAAACGAGUUACCACCUAUGCGGGACAUACAACACCGAAUUGACUUGGUGCCGGGAGCUAGCCUUCGGAAUCUGCCCCAUUAUCGGAUGAGCCCCAAGGAGAAUGACAUCCUGAGAGAGCAGAUUGAAGAAUUAUUGCAGAAGGGAUUUAUCAGGGAGAGCUUGAGUCCCUGCGCAGUUCCAGUUUUGUUGGUUCCAAAGAAAGACAAAACUUGGCGAAUGUGUGUUGAUAGCCGAGCAAUCAACAAGAUAACAGUCAAGUACAGGUUUCCCAUUCCACGGUUGGAGGAUAUGCUGGAUGUUCUUGGCGGCUCAAGGGUGUUUUCCAAGAUAGAUUUGCGAAGCGGUUACCACCAGAUUCGCAUCAGACCUGGCGACGAAUGGAAAACAGCGUUCAAGAGCAAGGACGAAUUAUUUGAAUGGUUGGUGAUGCCAUUCGGAUUGUCUAAUGCGCCUAGCACUUUCAUGAGACUCAUGAAUCAGGUUCUUCGACCAUUUAUUGGUUCUUUUGUCGUAGUUUAUUUCGAUGACAUUUUAAUUUACAGCACCACAAAAGAAGAACAUCUUGUGCAUUUGAGACAAGUCUUAGAUGUUUUGAGAGAAAACAAGCUGUAUGUGAACCUAAAAAAAUGUACUUUCUGCACAAAUAAGCUACUGUUCUUGGGUUUUGUUGUUGGUGAGAAUGGUAUCCAGGUAGAUGACGAGAAGAUCAAGGCAAUCCUUGACUGGCCAGCUCCAAAGACAGUCUCUGAAGUUCGAAGUUUCCAUGGUUUGGCCACCUUUUACAGAAGAUUUGUGAGGAAUUUCAGCUCCAUUGUUGCACCUAUCACAGAGUGUUUGAAGAAAGGCCGGUUCAGCUGGGGAGAGGAGCAAGAGAGAAGUUUUGCAGAUAUAAAAGAAAAGCUUUGCACCGCGCCGGUUCUAGUCUUCCAAACUUUGAGAAAGUAUUCGAAGUUGAGUGUGAUGCCAGCAGCGUGGGAGUCGGAGCUGUGCUUUCACAAGACAAGCGGCCAGUUGCAUUCUUUUCUGAAAAGCUGA